AUGGCUCUGCGCCUACUCGGGAGGAAGCUGAUGAUAGUGAAGCCACAAAAACUAGGGUUCGGUUUCAGAAACAUCUCUCACACAGCCGUCCAUGACAAUCCACCUUUGGACCCACAUGCUCGCAUCCGUCGAAGCGUUAAUAUGGUCUACGUCCUGCCAAACCAAUAUGAGGAUGACGGAGAGAACCGCCGGUUGAAUGAAGAGAACCACCGAUUGAAGGAAGAGAACAGCCAGUUGAUAGAGAACUGCCGGUUGAAGGAAGAGAACCGCCGGUUGAUAGAGAGGCUGAAAACAGUGGAAGAAGAGAUUAUAGGUGAUUUGCAGCAUGAUACAAACAAGGAUGAUGCAUCAAAUACUAUCAAUGAGUCGUUUGAAAAGGUGACGCGAUUGGAAGAAAAUAUUUUCGGUGAUUUGCAUCGUGAUAAACAGAAUGAAAGAGAUGGGUGGAAGCCAGUUGAAACCAAGCUCGACGAGGCAUUACAAAAGAUGGAGGAAAUGAACAAGGAACAGCAUCAUUUAAGAUGCACUGCGGAGGAAAAUCUUAUAGCCAAGUUGGAGAUUGCAUCGAAGACGAUGAACGAGUUGAAUCAAAGGGAACUGAGGGUGGAGAUGCAGAGGAACCAUGAUCUCUACUGCCGUGACGGCUGUUCCUCUGUUGCGUAUACAAAAGGACAGGCAUUUUCUUAA